AUGUGUGACGUGUACAGAGUUUCCUCCUCCGUCCGAGUGGAGCAGAUGGAGGCCGAGCUCUCACAUCAGCUCUCAGCACUGAGGGGACACAUUGAGGAGAGGGGAUUUACUUCAUACAGAAGUCUCCUUCUUCCGUGCGGAGAGGGAACAUGCGCUGAGGAGGGGGCUUCAGGUGGCCGAGGCGUCUCCUGUUCAGUCUCAGGGGCUGAUGUGAUGCAGAGGGAGCUGGACAGUUGUCUCAGUCUGGAACACACAGCUGACAGUCUGCCUGCCCUCCUGCACCAGUUUUACGCUGACAGAUCAUAUCACUUGGCUCAGAUCAAAUAUCUGCUCAUGCUGAGAUGGAGGAGAUUUUGCCGCCACGCCAGCGUCAUUGAGAAGCUUUAUCCUCAUUACAAGGAUCAGAUGAGACUUUUAACCAGCGAGUACGAGGAUGCUGUUCAGAGAGCUCGCCGGCUGUCGGUGAGCAGGGAGACGAUUCUGAUUGGACGAGGAAACCCUGCUCAGCUGCUCUCUCAGGACGACCUGCUCAUCUACCUCCGCUGGCUCGUCUGCCACCUGCACUCUGUUCACAGCAUCCACAGCUUCCUCAGAGUGCUGCACUAUGUACCAGCCUGUGAAAGGAAAGAUGAAGAAUUUCAGACAAGUGUCACAAAGAAGGAGGAAACUUUACAUCAGGAUCAAGAUGCUGAGGGGCAAACAGGAAACUUCCUCCCGGUCUCUGUUCAGCUGGACGACUUUCUACCUGAGCUUCAGUCUUUAAUCGACUUCUUCCACCUGUCGUGUGACGCCCGACAACUCAGGACGGCUGCAGACGAGAUGGAGCUGUUCAGCACGGUGUGGAGAGAGUUCAGGAGGAUCUUCAGUCGACAGGAGCAGAUGAAAACAUUUCCUCAGUACGACGGCUCAGAGGUGAAAGGGAGCCAGUGGGGGAGGAAGAGUGCGAGCGCGGCUCUGAGGAAGGAGGCCAACUGGAUUCCUUUCAUUCAGGUCCGAGAUCGUUUAUACAUCCAGGUCAAGAGGACAGGUGGUGUUGACAGUUUGGGUUUUGCUCUUCAGGUGAAACCCCGUCGGGAUCCUUGGCGGCAGAAACUCGUCACAAAGCUGCAGGAGAAGAAAAGUGUGGACGAGCUGCUGAGGAUGCACUGCAGGUUUCUGCAGGUCCCAGAUCUGCUCCAAGUGUCAUCAGCUCUCAAAGACCACGCCGCUCACGUCUGUGACUCGCACCUCACACCGAGCUCGUCCGUCUCUCACAGCAGCAAAACCAAACGACAGAACAUGUCAGAGACGUGGACGAGUGUUUACAAAGCUGCAGGUUUAACUCAGGCAUGUAUCAUCCGGUUUUUCUGCUCAGAGAAGAGUCUGCAUUGUCCUCAGCGCUGCCGACUGACUUAA